AUGCCUCCGAAACAACAAACCGGAGCCGAGUACGACGAUGUGGGGGGAUGUGGUCCGAGCGGCGAUACCCCGUCACAGUCCUUUCCCAAUAACCCGAUUUGUCUACAUUCUGUCGGCACCAUGUCUGCCGACGACCAGCAGUUCUUGGACUUGCUCUCGUCCCUACCCGACCAUAUCCGCCGGUACUCGGACGAUGUCGCCGACCACAUCAACGCACAAGUCGACAGAGCCGCCAACACGGUCCGCGAGACUCUCGCCUCUGCCACGUGGCUGCCCGAAUAUGCCCGUCCCGUGCCUCCUCGCCGCGAGGUCCCCAUCGAGGUCCUCGCCCUGACCCGCUACGAACAAGUGCGAGACUGGAUCUCGCGCCAUAAGGUCUUGACGGGCGCCGCCGUUGCCGUCUUCGGCGUCGUGCUUUACCAGGGCUACAAGAGCAGGAGGCUACGAAGAAAGACCCGGAGGGCCAAGCGAGCCCGCAAUGGUGGCCGGCUCGAGGUGGUCGUCAUCGCCAGUUCCCCGACGCUCCCGCUAACCCAGUCGCUGGCGUUGGAUAUGGAGAGGAGGGGCUUCAUCGUUUUUGUUGUCUGUAAUGCCGCCGAGGAUGAGUCUAUGGUUCACAGUAUGGCUAGACCCGAUAUCCGGCCACUGAGCAUAGACGUCACCGACCCUCCCAAGGCCGGUGUUGCCAUUGAACGAUUCGCCCAGUACCUGCAAUCUCCACACGCACCUGCACCGAGGACGAAGCCCAACUUCCUCUCGCUCAAGUCGGUCAUCCUCAUCCCAUCGGUCCACUACCAGACCUCGCCCAUCGCCACCAUCCCGCCUUCCAGCUUUGCCGACCUCUUCAACACUCAUCUUCUCCACCCCAUCCUCACCAUCCAAGCCUUCCUGCCUCUCCUCACUGCCCGUCUCACCCCCGCCGGCGAGAAGUGGUACCCUCCUAAAGUCAUGGUCCUCACACCCUCGAUCAUCUCAUCCAUCAACCCGCCGUUCCACGCCCCGGAGGCGACCGUCUGCUCCGCGCUUUCCGCCUUUACCGAGGUCUUGACCGCCGAGCUCCGACCGCUCUCGGUCCCCGUCACCCACAUGCAGCUGGGCACCUUCGACUUUACCGGCUUCACCUCCUCGAGACAUCCCCACGCCUCGUUGGCGUCGGCGUCGGCGUCGCCGUACCAGAAGAGCCUCGCAGGGCCCGGCAUCGACGCCGACGCGACCGAGACGCUCAUGUGGCCGGAAAACGCUCGCCACGCCUACGGCCGCAACUUCGUCACGCAGAACACGUCGGCCAUUUCGGCCGGCCGCAUCCGCGGGCUCAAGGGCACGUCGCUGCGCCAGCUCCACACCGCCGUCUUCGACGUCAUGGACGGCUCCAUCACCAGCGGCACCGUGCGGCUCGGCCUCGGUGCCGGCGUCUACGGCUUCGUCGGCCGCUGGGUGCCCCGCGGUCUCGUCGCUUGGAUGAUGGGCAUCCGGCGCGUGGACGAACUGUCGGCCUGGCAGACGAGCUCGUACGACAACUCCCGGGAGGGAAGUGAUGUUGGGGAUAGCCACGAGUUUGUUGCUGUGCCGCAAGAUGAGGAGAGCAACGUGUGGAAGCAGUCGUAAUAAUACGCCCGGUGGCGCGGGGGGGCCAAAACCUGGCAUGGUAUAUAAUUUUAUUUGGCAAGCUACCAAGUUGAUAUGCGAGAUGGGGAAUAGCUCUCGGCUCCGGGGUAGCACUCCCAUUCGCUUUGGCCUUGCAGUCAUUUAUUUCGGUGUUACAAAGGACAAAAAUAUCACGACUCUCCGGGUGGGAAAUUUCAUCAUUGAUGACUAGUAUAAUGAAAUAAAAUGGAUUCUUGAUGUCGAAU